AUGAUGAAGAACACUCUCCUCUCACUGUCCCUCUUUCUAAUUGGCAGCAUGGCUGCUUCCGAUCCCUCCUGCCAGCACGGCGAUGCAAUUACCACCUACACCGUCAAAUCCAAUGACACCAUCUUCUCCAUAGCAGACCGCUACAACACCACCGUCUGCGACAUCUCUCGCUACAACCACAUCGCCGAUCCGCAAAUGCUCUACACCGGCGAGGAACUCUACAUCCCUCCGCAGCGCUGCGCCCAUUCAGAUCCUUCGCAUUCUUGUCUUCUUACCAACCAAAACGCAACCAAUACCUGCGUCAACGGCGGCCCGCACACCUACACGAUCUUUCAGGGCGAUACGAUCAGAAAAAUCGCCCUGGCUAAGUUCAACAUCACCAUCGAAGCGCUGAACAGCACUGCCGGACACAUGACGUACGGAGCUUCUGGUGACAUCGAUGCUGAGAUUGAAAGCGGGCUCUUGAUCAAGGUCCCGCAGUGCUAUCCGAGCCGCUGCGAGUAUAGGCCGUAUUACUAUACCUGGGGCACGUACAAGGAUCUUGCGAUCAAGUACAAUACGACCCCCGGGCACAUCUUCGCGUUGAACCCGUCGUUUAACCAUAGUGAGACUGGGCCGGGUGUUGGGGGGUGGAUUACGCUGCCGAUGAAUUGUGGUUCGCUGUCUGAUAAUGUUACGGUAGUUUCUUGA